GCCAUCAUCCGCCCAGCAUUGACUGCCUCUGGUCGCCGCUCGGUCGCUACUCGUUUCCGCCCAGCAUGUCGCUGCUUGCACAACAGCUCGUCGAGAACAGCCACGCCACUGCCUCAUCCUAUUGCUGCUGGUCCGCCACCACAACCUCCUCAAGCACCUGCCACCGAGACCGAGGAUCGUGUCGCUCGCAAGAGACAACAAGCUGCGCUUUUGGCAAGACAGUCACAGAUCAAGGUGGACCCGUCAAAGCCAGCAUCCGCCCUGCGCAAGCGUUUCUGGAAAGAGUCUUCAGUCAAGGAGACUGCUGAUGGACUUCAGAUCAUGCUGGAUAAGCGACCGGUCAGAACAGCCUCCAAGGAGAUUCUCACCCUGCCACCUACCAAGUACGCCCUUGCCUCAGGCAUCGCUCUCGAAUGGGAUCUUCUCACAUCGGCGCAACAAGCACUGAAGCAUCACUACAUCCCUCUUACAUCUCUGAGCUCGCGCGCAAUCGAUAUUCAUAACGCCGAUCUGCAGGGCGACAAUAAGAUCAGAGAGAGCAUUGUCACAAUGCUUAUGAGAUACUUGAGCACCGACACGUUACUCUGCUGGGAUCCCGAGAAGAACAUUCAUGACCCCUCAUCGGCGCUCGACAUGAAGAUUGAUGGUCAGCCCAAGCAGAGUCUCCGACAAAAGCAAAUCGAGACAGCCGAGCCAAUUCUUGCAUACCUCACGACGCACAUUUUCCCUGGUCUCGAGAUUGUUCCUAUCUUGGGUGAGGAUAGCAUCAUGCCGGUCAAGCAACCCAAGGUGACGCAGGAGGUUAUCCGUGGAUGGAUAUCAGCUCUGCCCGCCUUCGAGCUGGCAGGACUCGAGAGAGGAGUUUUGGCUACCAAGAGUCUGCUCGUGGCGAUCCGGUUGUUGGUUGAGUGGAGUCAGGAGUUCAGACACUUGCAGAAAGACGAUAACACAAGCCGAUUCGGUAUUGCCGAAGCGCGUCAAGCUUCAAGCGUUGAAGUGACAUGGCAGACUGACAUGUGGGGUGAAGUUGAGGACACUCACGAUGUCGAGAAGGAGGAUGUGGCAAGACAACUGGGCAGUGUGAUUCUGCUGGGGCGACGUGCCUCAAAACGAGGCUCCCGACUCUCCAACCACAGACAACUCAGAAAUGGCCUCGUCACGGAACUCGUUCCAGAGCGCCCGCCCAGCCCUCACCUGGUUACGACCAUGACAAACUCCAAUCCCGACUCUGCCGCUGCCUCACCAGCUACCCGUACACCGUCGGCUCCCCGGAACGGUUCUAUCACGACCAUGCCUCAAGCAUCCACCACCUCGAUUGAGCAGUCGGUCAAGCUGUUCAAGGUCUUUGAAGCCUUGCGACAAGGAGACACGGCCGGUAUCAACAGACAUCUGCGCGAUGACUCGACCAAGCUCGAAGGGAACACCAUCUUGCAUCUUGCUGUCCAAUGCGCCGAACCCUCUGUCGUCGAGUACGUCCUAAGCAUGGGCCAGAACACCCUGGACAUCAACGCCAGAGAUCGUGACGGCAACACUCCUCUACAUAUUGCUUCAACUCUUGGUCGCACCAGCGUUAUCAAGCUUCUCCUUGAUCAGAAAGCCAUUAACGAGUCUGUUACGAACUUCCAAGGAAAGACUCCGCUAGACCUCGCUCGCAGCCCUGAGGCCUUCCAGCUCCUACAGCUUGCUCGUUCCAUCUUCAUUGAGAGAACGACCCACAGAAUCCAGCACCUCAUCCAAUCUGCCGACUACGGUACCCUCGAAGACGUUCUUGCCGACGAUCACGUUCGUCACGUUGUCGACAUCAAUGCCCCCGAGUUGGCUACAGAGCCUCAGACUGUCGAGUCCGGUGGUACACUGCUGCACGAAGCCACACGCAAUAAAGACACACAACUCAUUCAAAUACUUCUGCUCAACGGCGCUGAUCCCUUCCGUCGUGAUCGCAAAGGCAAGUUGCCUCAGGAAAUCACAAAGGACGACCACACCAAGCAGAUUCUGAAAAAGUCGCCCGCCGCUGCUGCUGCCCAACGAGGUGUUCAAGAGAAGGCCAUACUUGGUACCGGCGAAGGCCAGCCUGAAAAUGCUCUCAGCGCAAAAGAGGCACGUGAGAUGAAGGGUUACCUAAAGAAGUGGACCAACUACACGACUGGAUACAAAUUGAGAUGGUUCGUGCUCGAGGAUGGUGUUCUGAGCUAUUACAAGCACCAGGAUGAUGCUGGUUCUGCUUGCCGUGGUGCCAUCAAUAUGAAGAUCGCUUCUCUGCACAUGGACUCCAAAGACAAGCUGACUUUCGAGAUUCAUGGCAAGUCGUCAGUCAAGUACCAUCUCAAGGCAAAUCACGAGGUCGAAGCAAAGCGCUGGUUCUGGUCUUUAAACAAUGCCAUUCAAUGGUCUAAGGAUGAGGCUCGUGAAGAGCAGAAGCGUCAACGUCAAGAGGGCGAGGCCUUACGCCAGGCUGCUAUGGAGAAGCAAUCUACCACUCCCUCUGCUGCCGACUCUUCUACUCUUGCACCUACUGUGAGCGAUCGACGCACCAGCAUUGCCCAUACUGCCGAUGGAGAGACUUUGUACGGUGACGAGCCUUCGAGAUUGACCCGUCACCGCACUUUCGAAACAGACGGUGAACGCGAUUUUGAAGAUGAGGAGGACGAUUACGCCGAUGACGAUAGCGCUCAUGAGAUUAAACCCAUCAACAAGGAUGCCUUCAACAUCACUGCUCAGUCAGCCAAGCUUCAGCUUGAUUUGUUGGCUUCUGUCUCAAACUCACUGCAGCAAGAGAAGACUAACAACCCCAGCAUCCCUCUGGGUCAUCCUGAUGUCGAAUAUGCUCUGGCCUCUUACGACACUGCUGUCGGUAACCUCAGAGGCUUGUUGAUAGACCUUCUACGCAUCUCCAAGGACCACGACGCCUAUUGGCAACAUCGUGUUGAUCGAGAAGCGCAUAUCCGCAAGCUUUGGGAGGAAAGUAUGGCCCGAGUUGCAGCCGAACAAGAAGAGCUAGAAAAUCGCAUUGGUGAAAGUGAGGACAAGCGCAAGAGAACCAAGCGUGCCUUGAGAGAUGCUCUGGAAGGACAAAACUCAGGUACCGCAAGCCGAGCUCGCAGUCGCAGAGGAACUACAGCCACUCAAAGCAGCAAGCUCGCUGCUGCUGUUGAAGGCAUAUCUGUUGCCGAAGACGGCACGGCUGCUGCGGGUCCACCAUCGCCUUCCUUGAGUCGCAGACAAACUCUUGCAGACUUGACCAACCACGACGUAUCCGACGAUGAUUCGGAUAUGGAUGAACAAUUCUUUGAUGCCGUUGAUGCUGGAGAGGUCGAGGUUGUUGAUCAGAUGCCUGUCACAAGCACGCCUCAAACCAACACCCAGUCAGAGAAGACUGCUCCCAUUGAAGAUAACACUUCUACCGCGAUCCAAAAGUCGUAUAAAGGCUAUGAGGACCCUGUUAGAUCCAAGCUUCCUAUUGAUGCCGACAAUCGACCAAAGGUCUCGCUCUGGGGUAUCCUUAAAAACAUGAUUGGUAAGGAUAUGACCAAGAUGACUCUGCCCGUCACCUUCAACGAGCCUACCUCUCUUUUGUAUCGUGUUGUUGAGGAUAUGCAAUACACUGAGCUUUUGGAUACUGCUGCCGAACGCUCUGACUCUGCCGAAAGAAUGGUCUAUGUUGCUGGUUUCGCUGCUUCAGAAUAUGCCUCUACCAUCGGCAGAGUUGCAAAGCCUUUUAACCCUCUACUGGGAGAAACCUUCGAGUAUGUCCGUCCCGACAAGGGCUACCGCUUCUUCAUUGAGCAAGUCAGCCAUCAUCCUCCAAUUGGUGCCGCCUAUGCGGAGAGUGCUAAGUGGGAGUACUAUGGUGAAUCUUCAGUGAAGAGCAAGUUUUACGGCAAGUCCUUCGAGAUUAACCCUCUCGCCGACCCAUGGACCCGAAGAACUCUACACAUGGAAAAGGUCACUUCAUCGGUUGUUGGCAUCAUCACUGGUAAUCCCACUAUUGACAACUACGGUCUCAUGGAGGUCAAGAACCACACUACUGGAGAGACAGCAAUCCUAGACUUCAAGCAGCGUGGUUGGAAAGCAUCAUCCGCCUAUCUUGUCGCUGGAAAGAUCACCGACGCAAAGGGAGUCCCCAAAUGGAGCAUUGGCGGUCGUUGGAACGACAAGAUCUAUGCUCGUCCCACUCCUGGCUAUGAAGAUGAGAAUCUGGGCACGUCUACCAAAUCCCAAGAAUCCAAUCAAGCUAUUCUGGUUUGGGAAGCUGGACCCCGUCCUCAAGGGAUUCCUUUCAACUUGACGCCUUUUGUCGUUACGCUUAAUGCAUUGCCGCAACGUCUGCAACCGCUUCUCGCACCCACCGAUUCAAGAUUCAGACCUGACCAGCGCGCUAUGGAGGAAGGAAGAUAUGACGACGCAUCCGAAGAAAAGAACCGUGUUGAAGAGAAACAGAGAGCACGACGUCGCGAGCGUGAAGCGGCUGGCGAACACUUUGAGCCCAGAUGGUUCAAACUCUCCACCCACCCCGUUACUGGAGAAGAGUACUGGCGCUUUGGCGGCGAGUACUGGGGUAUAAGAGACAGAGUUGCCAAUGGAGAAGCCACUUGGAAAGAAGCUGGGCUCGAGCAGAUUUACUGA